GCCGGCUCCCCAUGCAGACGCGCCUCCGAGGGCUGCUGGCGUGACUCCGAUUCUGGCUUGUGAGGCGAAGCGGAGGCAGAAGAGGGGGUGUGGGGAGCCCUCUCUGAAAGCGGGGUCCGGGGACGCUCCGGAGUCGAGGCUCCCGGCUCGCCUGCAAACUCCUUCGCGCCCGCUGCUCCGUUUGCCUCGCCGUUUCCCCUCCCGCGUCUCCGCUUGACGCCUUCCCGGAUCGGGGCUCGCUCGCGCUUCCCACCCAGUCCCGAAACACCUUUAACUUUGCGCUUUGCUUUUUCUUUUCAAACCUGCGUGUGACAUUGCUGCAAUUGCAACAGACAGGCAGGCGAGGAGGAGCCCAUCUGCGGGGCGUGAGCAGGAUCGCUCAACCCAACUUUUUGUUGUUGUGGGGGGACGGGGACUACGUGGAGGGGGGUGUCUGCGGAGUAUUCGAACGCCCCCCUUUUUUGGGAAGACCCCCCCCUUUCUUGUGCAGCGAGGGGGAGAGAGAAGCGGGACGGCGAUCCGCUGCGCUCCUCCUCCGGGUCGCGAGAGGAUGGUGUGGAAAUGGCUGGGCGCUUUGCUCCUGCUCCUGCUCCGAAUGCUCUGCUCGGUGGUGAAGGCGCUCGUGUGCACGCUGCUGCCCGCCAGGCUCCGGGACUUGGCCGGAGACAGCGUGCUGAUCACCGGAGGAGGCCGAGGCAUCGGGCGCUACCUGGCCCAGGAGUUUGCCAAGCGGGGAUCUCGUAAGAUUAUCCUCUGGGGUCGAACCGAGAAGUACUUGAAGGAAACCACAGAAGAGAUCCGGGCGAUGGGGACAGAAUGCCACUACUUCAUUUGCGACGUGGGGAAUCGGGAAGAGGUCUACCGACAGGCCAAAGCAGUCCGUGAAAAGGUGGGAGACAUCACCAUCCUAGUGAACAACGCGGCCGUCGUUCACGGCAGGAGCCUGAUGGACAGCGACGAUGACGCCCUGCUGAAAUCGCAGCACAUCAACACGCUGGGACAAUUCUGGACCACAAAGGCCUUCUUGCCACGGAUGCUAGAACUCCAGAAGGGCCAUAUUGUUUGUCUCAACUCUGUCUUGGCUUUAUCCGCCAUUCCUGGGGCCAUCGAUUAUUGCACUUCCAAAGCCUCCUCCUUCGCCUUCAUGGAGAGUUUGACGCUGGGGCUGCUGGACUGCCCCGGGGUGAACGCAACCACCGUCUUGCCCUUCCACACCAGCACCGAGAUGUUUCAAGGCAUGCGAAUCCGCUUCCCCAACCUUUUCCCUCCACUAAAGCCAGAAACGGUGGCCCGGAGGACAGUAGAAGCUGUUCAACAGAACCAAGCUUUCCUCCUCCUCCCAUGGACAAUGCACAUCCUGAUCAUCUUGAAAAGCAUCCUUCCACAGGCAGCGCUGGAAGAAAUCCACAAGUUUGCCGGGAGCUACACUUGCAUGAACACUUUCAAAGGGCGCACCUAGGUGGCCCUCACACCGAACAGGCUGUGGCACAACAACAGUCACAUCGGCGGGCGGUUGUUCUCACUGGCUGCGGCGACAUUGUCGAGAGCCUUUGGCAAAAGCAUGGAAUAGCCCACUUGUGGCAAGGAAGAGAAACAAUGGGACGAGUGGGGCCAAGCCCACGUUUCAGUUCGUGACUUCGUUCUCAAGGGCUUUGAGGUCUAGCUGUCUCGAAGCCUCCAGCGCUGGGUACAUCCUACCGCACUUCCACCGGUAAUCCUGGAACUGCAAAUGAAUUCAGGGGGUUUCCACCCUCCUUUUCUCUCUCCCCCCUUCUUUUUUAAUGUGUGACACUUGUGGGGUCCACUAGCCUUGGGUGACUGUUGAGACUUUGCUUUUCAUCACUGCGUUGGGGGAUCGCACGUUUUUCUAGCCGAGAAAAAAGCGCCGCACUUGGAUUCCUACAUCACAAGAAAAAGGUGCGGAAUGUUCCUUGGGGGAUUGGGACUCCCCACGGGCUUCGUCUGAAUUCACAUGGAAGAGAGACGAAGAGCACGAGGGGCUUCUGUUGUAAGGGGUUAUUCAUAUAGGACUGGAUCCAGACUUAGUUAUACUUCGAAUAGCUCCACUGAAAUCAGCAGGCCUCACCACUGCUUUUAAUGGGUCUACUUUAUGUAUGACUAAAUCUGGAUAAAACCAGGGAGGAGGGUGCAUCUUACGUCUGCACAGUGCUGACACAAUAAAAUAUCACACAAGAAA